CGGUGCCACCGGGGCUUCCACCCGAGAGGUCACUAGCAAAGGAGAGGCGUGGUUAUACGUUUUUUUGGGGGGGGGGCGCACGUCACCGGCGCAGCGGGGCAUCCCAGGGUCUUGUAAAUCUGUAGGGAAACUGAGGCCCGCGGGAGAGUGAAAUGGUCAGGGUCACCGGGCGAGGGACUUGCUCAGGCCUGAGCCCCCUCGGGCUCCGGGGAGGCAGUGGUGGUCUGUCUUGGCUCGAGCCUCAGAACUAACCCCCACCCCCCGUUCGGACCCCCAGGCCCAGGGUGGGCGGCGGAGCGCGGGUCUGGACGGCAGGAAGGAGCGCAGGGGGCGGGGGCGGGGACGAGGCCGGGCGGGGCCGACACAGGUGCUCCUCGUCAGGCCAGCGCCGCGGAGCUUUAUAAGCCGCCGGGGUGCGGAGUCGUGCGCUGCUCGCUGCAAAAAUAGUGCCCACGUGUGUGCGCGUCCCGCGCCGCACAGACCCGCCGGCCCGCGCGCCCGCCCGCCCGCCAGUCCCUUAGGGCCACGCCGGACCCCAUGGCUUUCUCUCUGGAAGAAGCAGCAGGAAGAAUAAAGGAUUGCUGGGACAACCAAGAAGUUCCUGCACUCUCUACAUGUAGCAAUGCCAAUAUCUUUCGAAGGAUAAAUGCCAUUUUGGAUGAUUCACUGGACUUCAGUAAAGUCUGUACAACACCUAUAAAUCGAGGAAUUCAUGAUCAGUUGCCAGCAGACUUCCAGGACUCUGAAGAAACAGUUACAAGCAGGAUGCUUUUCCCCACCUCUGCGCAAGAAUCUCCCCGUGGCCUCCCAGAUGCAAAUGGCUUGUGCCUUGGCCUGCAGUCCCUCAGUCUGACUGGCUGGGACCGACCCUGGAGCACCCAGGACUCAGACUCCUCAGCCCAGAGCAGCACACAGUCAGUAUUAAGCAUGCUCCAAAAUCCACUGGGAAAUGUCUUAGGAAAAGCCCCCUUGAGCUUCCUGUCUCUGGAUCCCCUUGGGUCUGACUUGGACAAGUUCCCAGCACCCUCAGUUAGAGGAUCUCGCCUGGACACCCGGCCCAUCCUGGACUCCCGUUCUAGCAGCCCCUCUGACUCAGACACGAGUGGCUUCAGCUCUGGAUCAGACCAUCUCUCAGAUUUGAUUUCAAGCCUUCGCAUUUCCCCUCCUCUGCCCUUUCUUUCUAUGACGGGAAAUGGUCCCAGAGACCCUCUAAAGAUGGGCGUUGGGUCCCGAAUGGACCAAGAACAAGCUGCUCUUGCUGCAGUUGCUCCCUCUCCAACCAGUGCUCCAAAGAGAUGGCCAGGAGCUUCUGUGUGGCCAUCUUGGGACCUUCUUGGAGCUCCUAAAGACCCAUUCAGCAUAGAGAGAGAGGCUAGACUCCACCGGCAGGCUGCAGCUGUGAAUGAAGCUACGUGUACCUGGAGUGGCCAGCUUCCUCCCCGGAACUAUAAGAACCCCAUCUACUCAUGCAAGGUGUUCCUAGGAGGCGUUCCUUGGGAUAUUACAGAAGCUGGAUUGGUUAACACCUUCCGUGUUUUUGGCUCUCUGAGUGUGGAGUGGCCUGGGUAUGUGUAUUUGGUGUUUGAACUAGAGAAGUCCGUCCGGGCCUUGCUUCAGGCUUGUUCUCAUGACCCGCUGAGCCCAGAUGGCCUGAGUGAAUAUUAUUUCAAGAUGUCCAGCCGAAGGAUGCGCUGCAAAGAGGUACAGGUAAUCCCUUGGGUCUUGGCUGACAGCAACUUUGUCUGGAGCCCAUCUCAGAGGCUGGAUCCCAGCAGGACGGUGUUUGUUGGUGCCUUGCACGGGAUGCUCAAUGCUGAGGCUCUGGCUGCCAUCUUGAAUGACCUAUUUGGUGGAGUGGUGUAUGCUGGGAUUGACACAGAUAAGCACAAGUACCCCAUUGGGUCUGGUCGUGUGACUUUCAAUAACCAACGUAGUUAUCUGAAAGCAGUCACCGCUGCUUUUGUGGAGAUCAAAACCACCAAGUUUACCAAGAAGGUUCAGAUUGACCCCUAUCUAGAAGAUUCUCUGUGUCUUAUCUGCAGCUCACAACCUGGUCCUUUCUUCUGCCGAGAUCAGGUGAGUCCUCUGGGCAUUGUAGAUGCCUAUGAAGUCCAUACCACAAUUUAAAAAUGUAUUAAGGCACAUUUAUGACAGGAGAAGUAGAGUUCUGAAGUAACUUCUUUCUGAGAGCAUGGAGACGUGUAGUCGAGACCACUCUACAUAGAUUGAUCCACAACUCUAGGCAUAGGAAAGAUGCUUAUUGGAUUUUUGGCCCUUCCCUUCCUGGACUGCUACUGUUGUACAGGUAUGACAUCUAAUGGUGGGUACUUUUGGUUUUUUGGUUUUGUUGCUGUUGUUGUUAUAAAUGGUCUUACUGUUUAGUCCUGGCUGUUAACUUAUGUAACCAGGCUUUGAUCUCACAGCAAGCCUCUUACUCACUGCUCCUACCAGAGCAUGAGAAUCGCUGGCAUGUGUUACCAUAACACCACACACAGAUACACUCUCUCUCUCUCUCUCUCUCUCUCUCUAACUGACAUGUGAUAUGUGUGUAUGUAUGUGUGUAUGUAUGUAUACAUACAUACACACACACAUAAAUGCAUAUGUGUAUGUGAGUGUAUAUCAACACCUAGUCCCAUUUAGGCUACUUGUACACUGUAGUGGUCCAUCUACCAGGGAGUCACCUUAAAGAAAACCUGCUUUCCUUCUUCUAGAAGCCAUCAGCUGUUGGUAGCUCUCAGCUAGGAGUAGUUGCUUGUGAGCCUUUUCCUGCUCAUUCUGGAAUAUUCACUGGGUUUAUCUUGUGCAGGCACAACCAUUGAAACACAUUUUCAACCUUAUAUGAGAUGUUUGGGAGCCUUCCAGACUCCAGCAAUCCAUCCAUGCUUAGUUUGACUUACAGUGAUGCUGGUAUUUGUAUGGAGCCUAUAAAUAAAGUCAAACAGAAGCUCCCACGUGAGCUUACAAUAAGUUUGGAUAGUAAGAUAAAGCGUGAAAACAAUAUCUUUCUAAACCAGCUUCUAUGGAUUAGUAACUUUCACAGUGACUCCUCAAUGUCAUAUUCUUGUUAGGAGGUUAUGACUUGCUUGGGGUUGGUUACCCAGCUAGCAAAACCAGUCACUUCUCACUGAGAAAAGGAAGGCAUUUCUCUUAAUACUUGAAUCUGUAACCAGUUCUUUAGCAUUCUCUCAUGUUGGCAGUCUUGAGACGGAAUGAAUGGCUGUGUAGAAGAGAAGGGAAGAAAAUUGGGAAGCUACAAGGUCUCACAUGUCAUACCAGAAGCCUAAACUGUUUGCAGAAGCUCUGUUGGGAUGAGAAAGCUAGCAGGAAGUCUCUCUUCUAGCCCCCACAGAAGCCAGGGGUUUAAUUUCCUCUUAAAGCGGAACCUUUAUAUCUAGAGUUAACACAGCUCUUUCUGUCCCCUAACCUAGGUCUGCUUCAAGUACUUUUGCAGAAGCUGCUGGCACUGGCGACACAGCAUGGAAGGCCUACGCCACCAUAGCCCCCUAAUGAGGAACCAGAAGAACUGAGAUUCCAGCUAGAGGAGCUGGCCUUGCCCAGUGUCCUGUGGUGCCAAAGGCUGUCAAGUCAGGCAGCAACUCGCUGCACAGGCGCCAUGGGAGCUAGCUUUGCGCAGACAAGGGAGAAUCGUAGUCACCUUUGUACUUGCUAACUCUGUCUUUGUUUCUGCACUAAUUAAUGCACAAUGAGUUUUGUCAGGUCUUGUUUUCAGUGGGGUGUGCCAGAGCAAGGACCCUCGGCUCACCCUCAAGCAAUUGUAGUUUUCCCAGAUUCUAGUUCCUCAUUUUGCAAAUGAAAAUAACAACAACAACCACUGUGUCCAGAAGGUCUGACACAGAUGCCUACACUUGGGUUUAUUUAUUAAAGCGCUUUUUACAUUCCUUGCAAUACUGAUGGUGGUGAUGCGCAGGUCUCAUUGGUUCGUUCAUUCUGCAGUUGCCAUACAGUGCCUUUCCAUUGAUUUAACCCCCACCUGAACGGCAUCAAUUGAGUGUUCAGCUGGUGUUUUUUACUGUAACAAACAAAGGAGACUUUGCUCUUCAUUUAAACCAAAUCAUAUUUCAUAGUUUACGCUCGAGGGUUUUUACUGGUUCCUUUUUACACUCCUUAAAACAGUUUUUAAGUCGUUUGGAACAAUAUAUUUUUUUUUCUUUCUUGGCAGCUUUUAACAUUAUAGCAAAUUUGUGUCUGGGGGACUGCUGGUCACAGUUGCAAAUCAAAGCAUUUGUAACCAAGAGAAAAAUUAUUUUAUUUAAAACUGGACCGGAGGAAAAGUCUGAGCAGCUGCUGUAUAUAGUUUUAAAUGGUUUGUGGCACCUUAUGUUGCACUUAUGUUGGGGGAGGGUUGAUAGAAGUUUUUAAUCACAGUCACAGGACUUUUUCUUUUGUAACUGAGCUUAAAAAUUAAAAAAAAAAAAAAAAGGGCUGCUUUUUGGUGGGGGCAGGUGAAGGCUCACAGGAGCCCUUUCUCUUAGAGGGGCAAAUACCCUUCCUUACAACUUUUAUUUGACGAAUGUAUGAAUCAACAGUUACAGUUGACAAAGACGCUACUGGAAUUGAAAACUUGACUUUUCUUUUUAAUUUAACGAUUACUUGCCUCUCUUAGGGAAGCUGUGUGCCAAAGAGCCAGUGUCAUAACCCCUCCCUCCUGCUGAGCUGAUGUUGCAUUGUUGCAUAUCCCAGCUACUCUGUGGGUUUUGUGAAGCUGUGUGUGAAGUCUCUACCUCAUUGUUGUAUAUGCAGGCAAGACUGCACUCUCCUACAGAUGUGUGGAGUAAGCUGUGGUGUAAUUUUUUUGGCACAUAAUAAACACGUUGCAGCAGA